AAGAAAAGAAACAGAACAUAAAAGGCCUCUCUCUCACUCACCACUCUCCCACCUCCGUGUUCUUUUUCAUCACACUUACUCCAAACACAGAGUUUUCCAGAGACAAAGUACCUGAUUGACCAUGUCCUUGGGUUAUGCAGAGAAGCUUUCCUACAUUGAAGAUGUGGGCAGCGUGGGAAUGUCUGAACAUUUCGACACCCCUGAAGUUCUGCAACAAAAGAUUGAACAGCUUGCCCUGCUGGUACAGAAGAGUAAGCAUCUAGUGGUGUUUACAGGUGCAGGAAUAUCAACUUCUUGUGGUAUACCUGAUUUUCGAGGUCCAAAGGGAAUUUGGACUCUUCAGCGUGAAGGCAAAGCCUUGCCAGAAGCAUCGUUGCCAUUUCAUCGUGCAAUGCCGAGCUUGACUCAUAUGGCUUUGGUUGCGCUGGAGAGGGCUGGCAUACUGAAGUUUGUUAUUAGCCAGAAUGUUGAUGGACUCCAUCUUCGAUCUGGAAUACCAAGGAAGAAACUUGCGGAGUUGCAUGGUAACUCCUUUAUGGAAGUCUGCCCUUCUUGUGGCAUUGAGUAUAUGCGGGAUUUUGAGGUAGAAACUAUUGGCCUAAAGGAGACUUCCAGAAGGUGCUCAGAUAAAAAGUGUGGAGCAAGGCUUAAGGAUACAGUUCUUGACUGGGAGGAUGCAUUGCCCUCAAAGGAGAUGAAUCAGGCUGAAAAGCACUGCAGAAUGGCUGAUGUUGUUUUAUGUUUGGGAACAAGUUUGCAGAUCACACCAGCAUGCAACCUACCUCUGAGAUCACUCCGUGGUGGGGGAAAGAUUGUAAUUGUUAAUCUUCAGAAAACUCCAAAGGACAAGAAGGCAACUUUACUGCUCCAUGGGCUUGUAGAUAAGGUUAUUUCAGGUGUCUUGGACAGUCUAAAUCUUCAGAUUCCUCCAUUUGUUCGGAUAGAUCUUUUUCAGAUCAUUCUAACUCAAGCAUUGAGUAUAGAUGAAAAGUAUGUGAACUGGAACCUCCGGGUAGCAAGUGUACAUGGACUUAAAGCUCCAUUGCCAUUCAUCAAAUCUAUUGAGAUAUCCUUCGUAGACAACCAAGAUUAUAAAGCAGCUAUUCUACAGAACGAGCCAUUUCAACUGAAAAGGAGAACCUCACAGUCAAAAUCAAUUGAAAUGGUUUUGAAAUUCAACUUCAUUGAUGGUUGUGGUUGUCCAUUCACAGAGAUUAACGUGUCUCUCAAUUGGGAGGUUUCAACAGACCAUUCUAAGCUUGAUAAAGAUGCCAUAUUGCAAAAGCUCAGAGACACAGCUACUGAUGAAUCAUGCUGCGGCAAGAAUGCUGUUGUUGAGAGAAAUUUCAUCCCUAGCCCAAAAACUGAGGUUCUUAUGUAUGCCAUUGUAACCAACGUUGUCACGUAUAAGAAGACCACUGAAGCUGUGCAAGCUGACACUCUAAGUAAUGGGGUUAAAAGGCGGAAGAACGAUGGUCCUGCAACAUCUAAGAAACGAUCUAAAGUGCAAAGGCGCAAAUCUAGGCUUUAGAAACUGAUGAUUGUCUGCUAAGGAUAAUGCAGUAGACUGCACUUUCUGGUACCAUAUUUGAAUUAUAUGAUGUGGCAGUUGAUGUAGCAUUUAAACAACGGUCUAACAGUGUUGUUAGUAUUAGCCAAUGUAUAAUUGGUACAUCAAUUGUUAUAACAUGUUGUGUAAAUGUGGUACAAGAAAAUGUGGAACACUUGGUAUUUGUAAAUGUCACUGUUCAUUAGGACUAAUGAAAAAGUGUGAUUAGUAGGAAACUGGGUGAGUUUUGUUAGAUAAUACACCCAGUAGCCUCAGCUUUGAACAUGUAUUAGUAAAACUUGUCAAGUCAUUUGAAAUCACGUUCUUUUGUUUGUUGCUCCUUAAUCCUUAUAGCCUCGAUUCUUAUG